AUGACAUUUGAGAAAGCGCUAUGCGAGCGCGUGUGCAAGAAACAGGCCUGCGCCAUUCAAUUCUGUUUGCAGCGCCACGGGUACCAGGAGAGCAAAUGCACAGCCGUUAUCAAGCAGUACUACGACUGCUGCGCUGCUGCGACCAAAGCAGAGGAGAAACUUGUGCAAGAUCCUGGACGAGUGGUCACUGCAGACGAUUAA